UUUUCAAAUUGGGCACACCAUGCUGCUGCUGGUUGCUGUUUUUGCUCGCCUGCUGUCCCUGCUGCUGUUGGCCAACCCGGUCGCAGGUGCCUGUGGUGAGGAUGGGGUCUACGACUACAUCGUCAUCGGAGGUGGCACGGCGGGAAAUGUGGUCGGCGCUCGUCUGUCCCAGGCCGGGCACAGCGUCUUGAUCGUCGAGGCGGGUGGCAUUUAUGAGCUGGACAAUGCGAACCUGACUAUUCCCCUCAUGUUUGGCGCCGUAACCGGAGGGAGCCCGGAUACAAUUGAUCCCCGCGUCGAUUGGGGCGUAAUUACCACCCCGCAGCCUGGCGCGAACAACCGUCAGCUGCAUUAUGCACGGGGCAAGACUCUCGGUGGCUCGUCUGCGAUGAAUGCCAUGCUAUACCAGCGAGGCACCAAGUCGACGUAUCACGCUUGGGCAGAAGCCGUCCAAGAUCCCAGUUACGAAUGGGACGAGAUUUUACCCUUCUUCGAGAGAACCUUCCACUUCACACCACCCAAUCCAGACAAUGGAUUGGAUAACACGUCUAUACACUGGAAUGCCAGUGCCUUUUCAUCCGAAAACCCCGUCGAGGGCUCAAUUCAAAUCUCAUACCCCAAUUUCCGGUCGCCAUUUUCCACCUGGUUGAAAUUGGGCUUCGAGGAAUCUGGGAUACCUGAGACCAAUGACUUCGUCAGUGGCAGCUUGAUGGGAACGCAAUAUUCUGCCGCAGAGAUCUCCCCGGUAGACGAGCGCCGUAGCAGCUCGGAUUUUCUUCUAGGUCUGGCUGAGGAAGAGCCAUUUUUGACCGCCUGCACUCGAUCUCUGGCACGGCGUAUCUUGUUCGAUGAUCAGCUUAAUGCGCAGGGCGUAGAAAUCGAAAAAGAUGGGAAGGUUUGGACGGCGUCGGCAGCUAAGGAAAUCAUUGUAUCCGCCGGAGCGUUCAACUCACCCCAAGUCCUCAUGGUGUCUGGCAUUGGGCCUCGCGAUCAGUUGGAGAACCUGGAUAUCCCUGUGCUUGCCGAUCUACCUGGCGUGGGUCAGAACAUGUGGGAUCAUGUCUUUUUUGCUCAAUCCUAUCCGGUCGCAGUCGAGACCUUGACCAAGCUCUUCACGGACACAACCUAUAUGACUGAACAGAUUCUGAGAUAUCAGACUUCUCACGAUGGCCCAAUGACUUAUGCCCCCAAUUUCCUCGCCUGGGAGAACCUCCCGCCUUCCUAUCAUGCCGAGUUUUCCGCCGGAACACAGGAAGAAUUAAGCAAUUUCCCUGCUGACUGGCCACAGGCUGAAUAUAUCGCAUUCGAUGCGCAUGUUGGAAACUACAGCAAUCCCGCAGAAGGUCAGCCCACAGAUGGACGGCAAUACGCCUCCAUAGUCGGCGCUCUCGUUGCGCCAACAUCUCGCGGAAACAUCACCCUCAUCUCCAACUCCACCGAGGAUUUGCCGGUAGUCAAUCCGAAUUGGCUCACAAGCCAGACCGACAUCGAGGUUGCGUUGGCCAUCUUCAAACGAACCAGAGAAAUUUGGGCGAGUGACGCCUUGCAGUCGAUCACGACUGGGCCGGAAUACUAUCCUGGAGCAAAUGUGACAACCGACGAGGAGAUCCUUGACGCCAUUCGCAGCUCUGUCAUCACGGUGUGGCAUGCAUCCUGUACAUGUAAAAUGGGGCCUCGGGAGGAUCCCAUGGCAGUUGUCGACAGUGAAGCACGAGUUCACGGCGUCCAGGGAUUGCGUGUGGUCGAUGCAAGUGCAUUCCCUCUUCUGCCUCCUGGUCAUCCUACUAGCACAGUCUACAUGCUAGCUGAGAAAAUCAGCGCGGCUAUUCUUGCGCAGUAGAAGAGACGGAAGUGUCGAUGACAAUUGUAAACUAACCGUGUGACACCUGAUCACAACCCAUAAAGAAAUAUUAUCAGUGC